CUUAAUCACCAAUAGAUGGCGCCUAUUUAUUUAUACUAUUGGUACAACUGGCUUAAGCGCAGUGUCAAAUCAAUUUCCUCGCUAUCAUCUCAGCUGAAGGCGAAAUUCUUAUUGGGAGGAAAAAUGGCAGCCAAGGUAUCAGGACUUGUUAAACAGUUGUUGUCUGAGGGCAGACCAAAGGUGCAAACUUUCCUUAAAUAUGCGAAGGUUGAAUUGACACCCCCCAGCCCAGGAGAUAUUCCACAAAUCCGUGCUGGCAUUGCCAACAUCAUGAGGGGAGCUAAAACUGGCAAAUGGAAGGAAAUGCCAAUCAGGGAAGCCUGGUUAAACACCUUGAUCACUGUUGAGGUCCUCUGCUGGUUCUAUGUUGGAGAAUGUAUUGGUAAACGCCACAUUGUUGGAUAUGAUGUUUAAAUGAUUCUUUAUAUUAUAUAAAGUAGAAUGAAUUAAAAAUACUAAAGUACAUUUUAAAAA